AUGUUAAAAAUAUAAAUAUAAAUUAAUAAAAAAUAUGAAGUACAAGACCCUAGUCUUUUUUUAAAAAGUCAUUAUAUUAACGAAUCAAUGCGCGCCAAAAUGAUUGACUGGGUAAUAGAAGUUACUAAAUCAUAUAAUUUAUCUGAAGAUACCUUCGCUCUUACAAUAAAUACAAUGGAUAGAUAUUUUUAAUAAUGCAAUAGAAUUUUAUAAGUACAUGAAUUACAUGUAAUUGGAGUUUCAUGUAUGUUUAUUGCAAGUAAAUAUGAAGAAAUUGUGCCUUUUAAUUUAAAAGUCUUACAUGAAAAGAUUGCCCAUAAAAAAAUUUCUACAGAUUAAAUAAAAGCUAUGGAAGCUGAUGUUUUAAAUGUACUUGAAUAUAGUAUUAAUUAUGGAGGAAAUUAUUUAAGCUAGUUAACUUAUUCUUACUUUGGCGAAAAAUUAUGA